GCCACGGCUGCCAUGGCUACCCGUGUACAUUAGGUACCUAACGGUUACACCUUAAGUCACUUAGUUAUCGAUAUUAUCGAUACCUUCCAUAGUAUUCAAGUACAUCCAUACUUUCUCACAUGUAUUUUGUAUUCUUGUAAUACUGAACCAUUUGCGAGACAUCGUUUAUACAAUUCUCAGUUUUACUUUUACACACAAUUAUCUAAGAUCAACUUUAACGAAUACAUUGAUUCCGCGGCGGUGUAGAAUACACUCUUAGUUCGACCUACAUACAACCAAACACUUGCUUUCACCCUGGACUUUUUGCCACGCAUCUGUUCUAUAUUUGUUACAUGAUAUAAGACUAAAGCCAGUAAAGGCGACGGACCCCUGCAGGUUUCGAAGUGGAGGGGACAUAACCAUAACUUCAUAACUUCUGUUACUACUACAUACUGGGCAAACACGGUGGAUGGGAGACAGCAAAUGAUGAUUACGAUACUUACUUAUAUACCCUAAUGGCGCCGACGUUAUCGCUCUACUCUAGCAACGACGUCAAACUGUAUAUCACAAAAUGGCAGGACCUGGCAUAGAGUCCGAGACUCAAUGGCCCCCGCGAUCUCCACACGACGUUCUCCUUAGCACACCUAAGGGACGCGAAAAGCUACGUCGCAUGGCCGAGCGAUCGUCACCGUCACCGUCUCCGAGUAAGAUACAUCGACGGACACCCGCGCUGUCUACUCGGACUGGAAACUCUUUUCGCGGCGGCACACAAGACGCUGGAAUGGAUAUGGAUGAGAAUGAAGACGAUGACGAAGAUGAGGACGAGGAGAUGCUGCAAUUGAAGCUGCAAGCAAUUCAGGCGAAACUCAAGUUAAAGAAAUUACAAAGCGCUAAGGCAAAGAGGGCCCUUGGAGAUAGUACUACGACACGGCCUGAAUCUAUAUCUAUAUCAGAUGUUCCAAUUGCUAGCAGAGCCCGCUCUCGAGCAGACUCGUUACGUUCGGGUCCAACGACACGGCCACAGUCGCAAAUGGAAGUUCAAGUUCCAGCAUCUCCGGUGAGGAGAGCGCAAACGGCGCAAGGCGACGGCUCCCCUAGUAGGGUACGUCUUGGCAUAGACAAGGGAAUCAAGGCGAAAGACAUAUCGCUGAAAAGAGCCCCAAGCUUUAAGAGGACUACUGAGAACCAAAAUGGAGCCCAAGGAGGUUAUCUUCGAAGAGCGCACACACCCGCUCCCGGUGGUGCCGAACAACAGACAAAACAGGAACGGCCGAUGACUUUUAGUGAGAGACUAGCCGCGGCUAGGUCAGAGGAGUCAACUCGGCUAGAGAGACAGGAAAGGGUGAGGCAGGCAAGGAGUAACGCCUUUGAGCUCGGCAGACAGGAAAUGGAGCAGUUAAAAAGCACUGCGAAGGAUAUACCCGACAUCCCACUACAACCCGAACAGUAUAGCCGUGAACAAGUCAUGGCCGGUGGUCGGAUUAAACGUAGUGAUACCGUCUCUAGCCUAAGACGGCCUACACUGGAUGAGAAUCGCCCUGGGACCAGCUCAGGGGUGACAAUGGAACCUCAGGCACCUCCUGAAGAAGUGCCGGAAGAAGAAGCCUCUGCAUUUGAACCGUAUUCAAGUGUCCAUCUCUCGAAGCGAGUGAUACCACAUACGACUCUUACCCGGAAUCUCUCAGGCAAGAAGACAUACGUGAUAAAGGAUCUAUUAAAACACGUCAAGGCGCCAGAUUUUCAGCUUCCGGAGAUCGAGCAGGACAUAGUAGUCUUCGGUAUCCUAGCUUCAAAGUCCGACCCUCGUUCGCAUAAAACCUCAAACAACAACUUAAAGGAAAAGGUAGAGUCUGACCCGGCCAGGGGAAAGUACAUGGUUUUACAGCUUGUGGAUUUACAAUGGGAACUCGAACUGUUUCUUUUUAACUCUGGCUUUGAUCGAUAUUGGAAAUUAGUUCCAGGUACACUUCUGGCUAUCUUGAAUCCAAAUGUCAUGCCACCGCCGCCAGGCCGCACCGAUACAGGGCGCUUCAGUCUAGUGAUCAACAGUGGCGAGGAUACCAUUCUAGAGAUAGGUACAGCGCGAGACCUUGGGUUCUGUAAGAGCAUAAAAAAGGAUGGGGAGCACUGUAAUAGUUGGGUUAACCGCAAGCGCACCGAGUUCUGCGAGUUCCACAUGAACAUGGGGCUAGCCAAGCAUCGACAGGCCCGACAAGACGUGAAUGCGUUCAACACCGGACUCGGCCCAAGGAAGGACGACGGAGAUGGUAGGAGAUACAAGAAAUCGUACCGUCUUAACGACUGGGAGCACGCCAACGACCCCAAGAAGAAGAGCAGGGGCAACUUCGACAGAAGCACGCAAAGCCAGUGGUUUAUCUCCAAGCCGAGCGCUGCCAGUAUGCUCGACAACGAGAUACUAGGCGGACAGAUCGCUGAUCGCACCGAGCGCAGCGAAGCCCUAAAGAGACGCCUCGCAACCCAGGAAAAGGAGCGUGAUAUCAUGAAACAGCUGAGCAAGGUCGGGUCUGGCGCCGGCAAAGAGUACAUGAAAAGGGGCGGUGCUAGCAGCACUCAACGCUCGGCUUCAGGCUCUAGCCUACUAUUCGCAACCACGUCGACACAAGCCGGCGGAGACGAGCCCAGGCAAGAUCUCGACGCCAGGUCCCUCGGGCUAAUCCGUGCAAAGGGCCAGGAACCCAAGAUGCACCUCAGCCCUAUAAAGCGCAAGCGCAGCGAGGGCGUGCGACCAUCCUCCAGCUCUGCGGCCCUCGCUGGUAGCAAGCCUGCGCUCGGUUGGGGCGGCAACCUGAAGGAGAAACUAACUCGCAUGAGAGACGGCGAGAAAUUACGGCCCGCGAUAAACCUGAAUUCCAGUAGCGACGGGAUCGGGCAUGCGGACAACGACGGUAGUAGCGUUAGUGCCGGCGCCGCCAGUAGCUCCGCCUCUAGAUCCCCGGCUCGCAAGAAGACGCGCUUCGUCACGGAAAAAGGCAUUCGCGAGGCCGGACGCGAGAGUCUCGGCGCGGAGCUAACCCCAGGCGCGGGGGUAGAAGACGUGUUCAAUACCCGUGCUGCUACUCCCGGUGUGGAUAGGAGUAGGGAUACUAGUAGUAGGAGUAGCAGGGCGAGGCCAAGACAGAUGGUCAUUCUAGACGAGGACGAUGACGACGAGUUGGAAAUUCUCCGGUAGCGAGAGGAGAAGGGGAGGAGAUAAAUAUUAGUAGUAUUAGUAUGGAAAGUGAGAGAGAGGGCAUGCAUAAGUGCCCCUAAAGUGAGGAAGCAAAGAAGCAAGACGAGAGAUGAGCAAACCCGACGAGGUACACCAAAACUUCGUCGUCGAGUCUUUCUUCGUUCGUCCUCUACAUCUGGCACGAUAGCAUAGCAUAGCAUCGACAAACACCUACGCAAGCAGAAUUGAAUCUCUACGAGAGACGGCGUGCAUGGAUGAUAAGGGUAGUGAGUGGACAGGACAGGAUAAACUAGGAUACGGGAUGCAUUGGAUCGAAUUGAUUGAAUCGGAUGAUGGUUUAUUGUAGCGCAGGGCGAAUCGGAGCGGACAAGCUGUUUAUUUUUGGACCCUUAGGUACCAAGCAGAGACUUGGUCGGGUUGGUUGAUUGAUUCGAUUAGUCGUAUAUAUUUGUUAUGUCAUG